UAGGAGCUGUGUGAUCGUGUGUGUACCCUCCACUCACCGGCCCACUACCUGAAGACCACUUGUGCGGUCCUGCCAUGGCCGCUGCUGCUUCGUCUCCCCGCUGCCCCAGCCAUGGCUUCCUUCGUCUGCUUGCUGCCGCCGCCGUUCUCGCGGCAUUCGGGUUCGCUCGUGCUGCCGCCGGGAGCUCGGGGGAUGAAACCGUGCUGCUCAACGUCCAGUCCCUGCUGCCUGGCCGGUCGUGCGCCGCUCCACAAGAGAACAAACCCAACGGCGCGACGUCUGCGAGGAUGCAGGUAGUCCACCAGCACGGUCCAUGCUCGCCUCUGGCCGACGCGCACAGGAAACCGCCGUCCCACGCUGAGAUCCUCGCCGCCGAUCAGAACCGCGUCGAGUCGAUCCAGCGCCGUGUGGCCGCGACGGCCAGCAAACUGAAGAAGCGCGCCGCACCUGUCCAGCCCGGCCCGAAGAAGAACCCCGCCGGGAUCCAUCCGGGGCACUCGUCGUUCUCCUCCGCCCCGCUGCUCCCGGUUAGUUCGGGGCGCGCGCUGGGCACGGGCAACUACGUGGUGACGCUGGGGCUGGGCACGCCGGCGUCCAAGUACACGGUGGUGUUCGACACCGGCAGCGACACGACGUGGGUGCAGUGCCGCCCCUGCGUGGUCAAGUGCUACAAGCAGAAAGAUCCGCUAUUCGACCCGGCCAAGUCCUCCACCUACGCCAACGUCUCGUGCUCCGACUCCGCCUGCGACGACCUCGACGAGAGCGGCUGCACCGGCGGGCACUGCCUCUACGCCGUCCAGUACGGCGACGGCUCAUACACCGUCGGCUUCUUCGCCCGGGACUCCCUCACCAUCGCCCACGACUCUGUCAAGGGGUUCCAGUUCGGGUGCGGGGAGAAGAACGACGGCCUCUUCGGGAUGACCGCCGGGCUGCUGGGGCUCGGCCGAGGGAAGACGUCGCUGACGGUGCAGGCGCAGUACAGGUACGGCGGCGCGUUCGCGUACUGCUUCCCGGCGUUGUCCACGGAUACCACGGGGUACCUGGACUUCGGUCCCGGCGCGUCGCCGGCCAACGCGAGGGUGACGCCGAUGCUGACAGACAACGGGCCGACGUUCUACUUCGUGGGCCUCACGGGCAUCCGCGUCGGCGGGAAGCAGCUGUCCAUCCCGGAGACCGUCUUCUCCACGGGCGGCACGAUUGUGGACUCUGGCACGGUGAUCACGCGGCUCCCGGAGACCGCCUACUCCGCGCUGUCCUCGGCGUUCACCGCGGGCAUGGCGGCGCGAGGGUUCAAGAAGGUGCAGGGGUACUCUAUCCUGGAAACCUGCUACGACUUCACGGGGAUCAGCGAGGCGACGGUGCCGACGGUCUCGCUGGUGUUCAAGGGCGGCGCGUGCCUGGACGUGGACGAGUCCGGCAUCCUGUACGCGAUCAGCCAGGCGCAGGUGUGCCUGGCCUUCGCGUCCAUCGGCGACGACGAAAGCACGGGCAUCCUUGGGAACACGCAGCAGAAGACCUACGGCGUGGUCUACGACCUCGGCAAGAAGACCGUCGGCUUCGCCCCCGGUGCCUGCUGAUCACAGGAUAACUAAGCUGCGUCCACCAAGUGGUCGAUCGGUGAAUUACACUAUAUUUGCAGCAUACUGCAACUGUAACUCUUUAAGCGAUGAAUGUGGUACACUUCGACAAGUAAAGAAACGGAGAAGUGGUGACACGGUGUGUUCGUGACAUAGUAGUGCAUGUUUUCUCAA